GAAACUUCUCGUCGUUUCCUGCGCGUGAACGACCUCACGUCCUCGAAAAAGCAGUGCUGCUGAGGAGCUUGGACUUCUGUCCUCUGUGCGGGUGUUUGGGCAAUUUUCAGAGCCGCAAUCAUGGUUUUCGAGAGGAAGAUGAUCACGUACGACGACCCCGAAGAGGAGGAGGAAAAUGCUGAGGAGGAAGAGGAGGAAGAAGAAGAGCAAGACAUGGUGGACCCUCUAGAAACAAUACGAGCCAAGUGUGAGCAGACUGAACACUGUGUGCACACCAAGGAGCGUCUGGAAACAUGUGAAGCCCGAGUCGGCUCCCGAUCCAACACUGCUGAAGAAUGCACGGAAGAACUCUUUGACUUCCUGCAUGCACGGGACCAUUGUGUUGCGCACAAGCUGUUCCACCAUGUGAAAUAACCUGCCUGCUCAGCUCCCUCCACUUGCAGCUGUAGACUCUAUUUAACUGCUAAAAUUGUAAAAUAAUCAGGACUAUUCUGUUCUUCUGUGUAUUAGUGUAAAUUAAGUGUAUUGGGUUCCUUGACUAAAUACAUGCCACUUUUCCUGUAUACUGUGCAUACUUGUGUUGACUGGGUCAGGAGCAGUAUGUAGAAUAUGAGUCAAUGUUAAAGGAUGUGCAACGAAGGGAAUCAAACUAUCAAUUCUCACUGGUCAGUUAAUAAGCAAGAGCAAACAUGCUGCUCUGGCAAUGCAGUUUACCUCAGGUUUGGUCAUGGACUCAUCACUAACUUGAAAAUAAAUGUGUUUUUGGUGGUCAGUU